UGUUCGACUUCAUGCGGCGCUGUAAGAACUGACAGCCGGGUGACGUCAAAGUACCGCGAGAACGAUUAGAAAAAUAAUACGAAGUCUAAUUUCAUCUCGCUCUCAAUUAAUCUCAAUGUCUGGUGUCGGUGGCAAUAUGUUGCUGCUCUUAGGGCAGGAAACGUCAGGUGUCGGUGGCGUUAGGUUAUGUUGCUGCUCUUAGGGCAAGAAAACUGUGCUGUGUUAUCUCAGUGUCUGGUUUCAGUGGUGUUGGGUUAUGCUGCUGCUCUUAGGGCAGGAAAACUGUGCUGUAUUAAUCUGAACGUCUGGUGUUCGUGGCGUUAAGUAUUAAGGCUUGUUCGACUUCAUGUGGCGCUGUAAGAACUGACAGCCGGGUGACGUCAAAGUACCGCGAGAAUGAUUAGAAAAAUAAUACAAAGUCUAAUUUCAUCUCGCCCUCGCGGUACUUUGACUUCAUCCGGAUGUCUGUUCUUGCGGCGCUGCAUGAAGUUGAACAAGCCUUAAAUCUUAACAUAUGGUGUCGGUAGUGUUAGGUUAUGUUGCUGCUCUUGGGACUUUUGGGAUAGUUCUAGGAAUACACCACCAAAAUAAAAUUGUGUUUUGCUUUUGUAAGAUUAUGCCUUAAUGGUUGUUUUAGAUUAAGAUAUGAAAAGAUUGCUUUUAAUACUGUUAUUUUGUUCUUUAAGAAUAGAUAAGAAGCAAUGGAAAACAUUUGGAUUAAAGGUGUUAAAAGAAAGCUGAAGAAGGUUACAGAUCCUGAUGUCAUUCAAGAAGUUGUUGUUUUUGAGGAGAAGGAGGACGACUUCAUGCAGUCUUAUGUCAAGACAUUGGAAAAUGAAACACAGAACUAUUUUAAAUUGCCUGUAAGUACACACAAAGACUACUAUUAUUAUUCAUGUGAGAGAUCAAACAAAGCAACCGGAAGCAGCACAGGACAACCAACCCAAACCAGAGCAAACUCUUGCAGGGCGUAUGUGUCUUUCAAGAUAAUCAAGGAUGCUGGAUUUACAGGUGCUGUUGUGCACAAAAUGCUGAAGCACAGUGGACAUAACUUCAAUAUACAAGAAGAGGGUGUCAAAAACCGUAUUGACCCAGAAUUACUGGCGUUAAUUCAGAUGUGGCUUGAGCAAGGAUUAUCAGUCUCUGAAACACUUCUAAGGAGUGUUGAUUGGGCAGGAAGGCAUGGACAUAAAGACAAACUAAAUCGCAGAUACUAUGUUACACCAGAGGAUAUAAGAAUAAUUCAAAAGAGCCUCAAUGCCCUAAUUUUUCCAGAUGUAAAAGAUUGUAUCAGUGUUGAUAUACUUGCCACCUCAGAGUUAAAGGAGAAUAUUUGCUUCUAUCAACCACUAAGUGAUGGACAGCCCUUGAUAAUUGUAGUACAGACACCUUGGCAAAAACAACUUCUCAAGGAACAUCCACAUCCAAUGGUGUUCAUGGAUGCCACCUACAGGGGGAUCACCUCUUAUGGCUAUGCAUUUUAUGCACUUCUUCUAAGUAAUAGUAUUGGAAGAGGAGUUCCAUUUGCAUACUUUAUCGUAAGUCAGGAAUCAACAGCCACACUCACUCUGUGCUUGGAAAAGCUUUCUAGCUGUAAUCCUGGAUUUCUUCCCCGGUCAGUCAUGAUUGAUAGGGACCUGAAAGAGCACAAUGCCAUUAGACAGAUAUUUCCAUCGGCAAAGAUAUUCCUUUGUUGGUUUCAUGUCCUGCAGGCCGUGCAUAGGUGGUUGGUCAAACGAGAUGGAGGAAACCUGCCAGCGAGCCAGAGAAACAUGGUGAUUCAUGCAAUGGUUGCAAUGAAGGGGUGUUUAACAGAAGAGGACUUCAUUCACACUUCUGCCACCAAGUGCAAGGAGCUAGAUUCCUACCUUGGUAGUACAAACGUAUCUACAUACUUGAAGAAUCAGUGGAUUCCUUUGAGGGAGCUGUGGUCCAAUUUUGGCAGAUCAUUCAAUCACGAAAAUUGUGAAACCAAUAACAAGGCAGAAAGAUUCUUUCUCACAAUUAAAUAUCAGUUCCUGAAAGGAAACGCAAACAGGCGUAUUGAUCAGCUCCUUGGCCUGCUGUGUGGAGAUGUUCACAAAUAUUACUGUUACAUGGAUGAGCUGGCGGCAAACGGACGAAUCAAAGGAGCCAAUGCUGAUGACUUCUCUAAUGUUGUCAAGUCUAUGUUUGAGAAGGGUCUGGAUUCAAAAUGUGAAAUUAAUAAAGAGGGCACAUGUUUUGUUCCACCACAUACAAGUACUCAGUCCCACACAGUUGAUUUGGUCAUGGUGAGAUGUGACUGCAAAAGAUCCAAAUGCGGUUCUUUGUGUAAACACAUAGUUUUCUCAAGAUUAGUUGCACAGCAACAAGGAUUAAAUAUUCAAGACAUAAGGUCUGAUCUUGCUAAAAAAAUCGUUAAUUGUCACUCAUAUUUCUCAGAUGAUGAAACCCUAACUGUUUUUCACAGUGACGGCAGUGUAGGGACUAUAAGUCACAAAAGUCCAACAUUUUGUACAUGUAUAGCAAAUAGCCAUUAUGAAACAUGUGUUUGUAUUUUGGUUCACAACAUCCUCUACGUUUCACCGACGCCCUGUGAGUUGAUUGCGAAUCAUUCAGAUUGCCAGAAAACACCAAAUCAAAUGCCAAAAGCCAAACUCCAGGCCAUGUUAACAGACCUUGUUGAAUGGAGCCAAUCAGACAUGUACACUGAAAACAAGGAGCUGUACAAGAUGUUAGAGAGGGCACACAAACUAGUUUUUUCAAACUUCAGCAUUCAGUCAAGAAAAAGAAAAAUAACUGUCCUGCAUGCCUAUCGACAACAGAUUAAAAAGGCCAGACAUGUACUCACCAAGAAUUACAUUUGUAAAAGAAAAAACAAAAGAAAAAGGCUAAAUAAAAAUUAAAGAGUUGUCCUUUGUAUGUACAAUUUAUGAUCUGCAGAUGCAAAAAAAUCUGAUAAAACAAUCUGGGAAAAAAUAACUGCUGGUUGCUAAUUUCACAUUUAAUGUUUCUCAAAGGCAUUAUAAGCAGGCUAGUAUGUGUAUGUUUGUGUGUGUUAAGUAUUUGUUGUACAUAUUUCUAGCAUUUUAAAUUGUAAAAUAAAACACACAGAUAAUGUUUUGUAUUUUUAUUAUACUUCUGGAUUGUGUACAUUAACAUUUAAGCAUUUGAACAAUUCAACAAUAAAGUGCAAAAAAGCCUUA